CUCCACUACAAGGCUGCAAUCAAUUCCUACGUCCACCGCUUCCACGAGCUUGCCCACCUCCAGCUCACCGAGAGCGACUGGAAGGCGAUCGAGAUGGUCACCGGAUGGCUAAAGGCAUUCCGGGAGGCCACCACCGACAUGUCGACGACAUCGCGUCCUAUGCUGUCAAGCGUACACUGCACUUUCCGUACGCUGCAGCUGCAUCUCAAGGACGCGCUUCGACAACUGCCGAACACGGCACCAUCACGAUUGCGGAACGGACUUGUCGAGGCGCACGCUAAGCUUGCGGAGUACUACACGAAGGUGGAUGAGUCCUAUCUGUAUACAUGGGCA